GCACGUUUCAUUUUCUCGAUCUCUCAAUCUCGCGGGAAAUCUAGCAAAGAUGGCGGCUCUCACUGCUAUGAGUGGCGUUUGUCGAAGCCCUGAUCCUCUCUCUCGGCACAGGUCUCAAUACAAAUGCUCUACUCCGCCAUGGAAAGAUACAUACAGAAAGCGUUGCAAAGAAAGACUUAGAGACAGUAGACAGAAGUUCUUGGGAAAAUUCCGACAGACAGACGAGGCGGUGGGAGGGGCUUCUGUGAUUGACAAGGUGAUGGACGAGGAGUGGACUCGACUCAGUAAGGAGCAUGCUGACCUACCACAAUGGAAACCCACGCGAAGAUCAUUCCGGCCCUUCUCUAAUGUGCCACUAGAACCAUCAGAAGAAGCAGAUAUCAAUGAGAUUUUGAGUGUCAUGGAUGAAAUUCAGCAAGAACUUAUGGAAGAAGAGAAACUUAUUCUGGCUCAGUACGAUGAGAACCAGAAAUUUGAAGAGGAAUCACUGUGUGCUGCUAUUGAAGGACUUAAGACUGAUGAUGUGAUAUGCCCUGUGUGUAAAAGGAACCCUCUACACCAGAAUAAGCAAGUCAUUUUUUGCUGUUGUGGAAUUCGUAUUGAUACUGAGACAGACUGCAUAAGCCUACCUUAUGUAAAAGCAGAAAUAGAGUCCUCAGUUGCAACCCAUAACUCUGAAGGCUGUGGCUCUGAGCCAACUUUUGUUGUGUCCAAAGUUAGUGGUCUUCAAGUUAGUAAUUUAAUUAUGCAAUGCAAUGACUGUGGAUUUCUCUAUAUAAUAAUAUAAUUGAGAUUAUCAAAUUUUGUACAAUAUUGUAAAUAAUUGAGCUUGGAUUAUCUACCAUUAUUUUUCUGCAUUAUGAGUUCUUGAAAAUUAUUCUUUAUUCCAAGUAAUGUUUCAUUAUUAAAGUUCAGAUUUAAGCUUA